AUGGCACGUCGAGGGGCCAAGGGCGAACCGGGACAAGGCGGCCAGGAUGAGAUAAGCCUCACAGUGGAGUGUUUAUUGGAAGAGGCGAAAAUCCAGGGAGAAAAGGAGUUCACUAUCAGCCCGAAGUUGCCAGCUAGUCGGCUCGUGGCGUAUGCUCGGGCGCACUUUGGCCUUGCUUACGACCGGGGUUGUUCUCCAGGGUCGAUGCCCCGACGGGACUGGCGGCUCGUUCAUGUUGGUGGGGAGAGGGACCAACAGCACGUCCCGAAGAGGCUUCCCUCGGUGAAAGCUGCGGGGAUAGAUGGCGGCGAGCGCUUGAGGCUUGUGUAUGUUCAAGACGAUGCUGAUUCAACCCGCUCGCAGACACCUCAGACGAGCCCUUCUGUGGAGAGCUUGGACGUCGAUGAGAGGAAGAAGCGACAGCAUAAGCAUCACGACUCGCCAUCGGAGGCAUCAUGCCCGGCAGUGGCCGCCGAAAUGGAAGAUGCUGUUGAUGGGGUGUUGGAGGAUGGAGUCCCUAGCGGGGGUGAAGAGGCUAAGGAAAGCCAGAAGCUUGCUGAUAACAGUGCCAGCGGCCCUCCGAAGUCCCGUUCCAAGCGAGCUAAGGUAUCCGCCGCUUUAGAGACACCGGUGAGGCGUUCGGCCAGGGUCCGCGGUAUAGAGCCUAACGUGUCUGCUGAGCCGGCUGGAGGGCUGCCUAUUCGAAGCUCGGGGAUUGAGGCUGUUGUUGGUACUGAGGAGAAGGAAGCGGUAGAGGGAGGAAAAGUUACCUCACCGAUGGCCGCACCUCAGAAGAGUAUCGCUAGCAGAGCGGAGGACGUAGGGGGGGAUGAGGAGGGGAAGGCUGAUGUUGGCAAAGACCCACCGUCGAUGAGCUCAUCUGUCGAAGUAUCUGAGACCGCAAGUGGUCAUAUGCCUGUGGAGCCGACAGCCUCUGGAAGGAUCAGUGCUGCUCCGAUCGAUAGCUCGACAGCAGACGAGGUGGAGGAGGAGGUUGUUCAUGAGGGAGGAGAACUGAGUCGGACUAGUAACCUGCAGGACGCUUUGGAGGAUGUUGAAGUUCCCUCCCCCCAGCCGGAAGGGUCAUCGGCCAAAGCUCGCGAAUCGAUUGAGGAUGAGGUCUUCACGGGUAGCCUUUAUGGAGACUUGCCGCCUGUGGAAGAUUGGUUGCUUCAAAGUCCUCAUGUGAAGUUGCGGUAUAAAGCACAGAAGGAGAUGCACAGUAAUCAGUUCGCCAAGGCAGUCGAGACCUAUCGCGAAAGCCUGGCAGCUGCGGAUGAUGGCACUGGGAGGAUCCAUUGGAAACUACUGUACGACUGCAGGUACCAGAUGAUCCUAUGCUUGUUGGAACUGCAACGAUAUGAUGAUUGUGUGGAGGAGGCCAGGACCAACGUGGGGUUGUGUCUGGCUAAUAUUGAGGCAGAUGAGAGGAAGGAUGCGGACCAUCGGAGGUUGAUCGAGGCUCGAUCGAUGCUGGGAGACUUCCUACUACUUUCGGGAAGGGUGGAGGAAGCUCAGAUGGUGUUGAAGCUGGUGGUCGGCGCUGGCACGUCGGGCGUGCUCCCUAAGUUGUCGUAUAUCGUCAGCCUAUGUGGCGGCUUGGAAAGUCCUCAGCCGAUCGAGACGUGUCCUCUUGCAUUGAGGGAAAUGCAGGGGUUAGUGAGAGAACCCAACGAGAGAUUGGACCGGGUCGUGAGCCAAGCUAAGACUGGAAAUGUGGAGAAGUUCUCCUCGGCGCUGAGGGUGUUCCUGUUUGAUCUCGGUGAGGAUUUGCCACUACCGAGAGUGCAGGAGGCCUUAUUCCGACUGCUUGGCUCGCAGGCAGGUGAGCGUGGCUGGGGAGCUGCGGCUAAGUUGAUCUGUCAAAGUCUCCUCUCCUACGAGGUGUAUGGGCAACCAGUCUCCGAGCAUUUUCGACCUCAGCUGAAAGCCCUGCUCGGCCGACUCGACGGCUUGGGGCAGCCCCUCAGGAGCUUCCAAGAAUUCAAAAGCAUCGUCCAAGAGAUUCUAGAUGGUCCUUGUGAUCUGCAGCAGCAUUAUCCGGGAAUAUAUGCUUUUUGUACCAAGUUGUGCAAGGGGGAGUUCGACAAGCUUUGCCGAGCCGUCGAAGUGUCGACCUUGUGA